GGAGGAAAAGGCCCGAGGAGCAGAGCCGGGGCCGGCAGGGGAUUUUGGGGAGCCCCGAGGGAGGAAUCUGCAUUUUCCCGGUGCCUCCUCCUGCCAUGGAGCCGUGGGUGCUGCUGGACCCGCGGCAGAAGGCUCUGUACCUCGAUGUGAUGCACGAGAGCUACGAGACCCUCAUGGCCCUGGCAGCUCAGGGGCUGGUGAGUGAAAAAGCUGCGGAGAGCGGAGCAUCGGAGAGCAGUGCUGGGCACUCAUCCCACGGCCUGGAGCAGGAGAAGCCCCUUGGCUCCAACAGGCGCAAAGCAAAGCGCCCAGACAAAGCCUUGCCCCCUGGGACCCCCAAACCCACCAUGAUCCCCAAACUCAGCUGUGCCAAACCCCUGCGAGGAAAGGGACCGGCCCGGGAGCGGCCGUUCGGCUGCGCCGACUGUGGGAAGAGUUUCCCGUGGGCAUCGCACCUGGAGCGGCACCGGCGCGUCCACACGGGCGAGCGGCCCUUCGGCUGCCCUGAGUGCGGCGAGACCUACAGCCAGAGCUCGCACCUGCUGCAGCACCGCCGCACCCACGCCAGCGACCGCCCGCACAAGUGCGGCGACUGCGGGAAGCGCUUCGCCAUCGCGGCCGAGCUGGCGGCCCACGGCCGCGGCCACGCCGCCGACAAACCUCACAAGUGCGGGGACUGCGGAAAGGGCUUUGUGUGGGCGUCGCACCUGGAGCGGCACCGCCGCGUCCACACCGGUGAGAAGCCCUUCGGGUGCCCUGAGUGCGGCGAGGCUUUCAGCCAGGGCUCACACCUCGCCAAGCACCGCCGCAGCCACACGGGCGAGCGGCCGCACCGCUGCCCGGCCUGCGGGAAGACCUUCUGCCAGAGCUCCGACCUGGCGCGGCACCGCCGCAUACACCUGGGCAGGAAGCCCCUGCGCUGCGGGGACUGCGGGAAGCUGUUCCGGGCAGGGCCAGCGCUGGCGCGGCACCAGCGGUGCCAUCGCCGGGAGCACCUGCACCGCUGCGCCGACUGCGGCAAGGGCUUCGUGUGGGCGUCCCACCUGGAGCGGCACCGGCGCGUCCACACGGGCGAGCGGCCCUUCCCCUGCAGCAGCUGCGGCGAGCGCUUCACCCAGAAGGCUCAUCUGCUGCAGCACCGCAAGACCCACUCCCCGGAGAGGCCCUACAAGUGCGCUGACUGCGGAAAGCGCUUCGGGGAAGCCCCCCCGUUCCUGGCGCACCAGCGUGGCCAUGCCGUGCACAAGAGCUACACCUGCAGCGACUGCGGGAAGGGCUUUGCCUGGGCGUCCCACCUGGAGCGGCACCACCGUGUUCACACUGGCGAGAAGCCCUUUGAGUGCCCCGAGUGCGGCGAGGCUUUCAGCCAGAGCUCGCACCUCGCCAAGCACCGUCGUAGCCACCUCCCCAAGGCGGUGGGGCCAUCGCCCCUUGCCAGGACACGGCUCGCUGGGGACAUGCCUGAAGCUCACAGCGGUGAGGACUCCUAAGGACUGAGACCCCCCCUCGGUGUGAUGGAUGCGGAGAGAGACAACCGAGGGAAAACUUGCCGUGGAGACAAGCCAAAGGACACCAAAUGACACUCGAAGGGCACGGGAGUGGGUGACAGGGGUGCUCUGUGGUGACACAGGGUGGCUCUGAUGUCUCCCCACGGCAGUGGGUGAGCAUUGCACCUGCUGCAGUCCAGACCCCAGAAAAGGGACAGCCUGGGGGAGAAGGAGCCUGUUCCCGAAGGAAACGGCACUUGGCUCCAUCAGGGAAGGGUGGGGGAACCAGGACUGGUUCUGAUGUGAAAAUCCAGUGGUGUUGUGCCCACUUCGUGCUGCCAGCGGAUGGGAGAACGGAAUGGAGGGGGCAAGAUGCUCAGGGUGAGCAGGGGGUGCUGGCACAGGGCAGGAAUAAACUGGGAGCCCUGCAGCUCAUGGACA